AUGAGCCAGCGAUUUCCGAUGCCCCGGUGGGCUGGCGCCCCGACGCAUGCCAACGUCAAGGGCCACGUUGAAGUCGUCAAGGAUGGCACCGUGCUGGACAAGGUCGCCAUCGGCCAGCAAGCCUGCACCGUCUUUGGCCGCAAUGGCGACGUCUGCGAUGUCGAGCUCGCGCACGAGACGAUCUCGCGGCAGCACGCUGCCAUCGUGCACACAAAGACGGGCUCAAUCGAGAUCAUGGACCUCGGCUCGGCCCAAGGCACAACGGUGGACGGCGAGCCUCUCCGUGGGGACGAGCGACGGGCCUUGACCAACGGCAGCGAAGUCCGCUUUGGUAAAAGCUCGCGCGUGUACAUUCUUCGCGGUCUGCAUGCGAAGGACGAAGCCCCAGCGCCGCUGCCUGUGGCGGCGGACGAGAUCGCGUCGCUGCCGACGGGUUUUGCCAAGCAAGGCACGACGAAACAGCUCAGCCAGAAGGAGCUCGAGCGCAAGCAGCGCGAAGAAGAGAUCCGCAAGAUGACGAUGGACAUGAUGGCGUCGGCGCCGCAAUUCACGAGCGUCGCCGUCGAUGCGCCCGCGCCGACCGAAGCGGUAGAUGAAAAGGAAGAAGACGACGAAGACGAUGACCAAGAUGACGAUGGCGACAAGAAGAAGUCGUCGCUCUACGACUCGGGCCCCGAGUCCGACUCGGACGACGACGAGGGCCAGGACGACGUCGCGCAGCGCUACAGCAUCCCGGUGACAAACGAAGUCGUGCUCUCGGCGCACGCCAAGACCGUCUCGUGCAUCGCCGUCGACGCGUCCGGCGGCCGCGUCGCGACAGGCUCGAUGGACUACCACAUGAAGCUCUGGGAUUUCGCAGGCAUGGCGCGCCACGUCCGGCCCUUCCGCGACUCGGAGGUCGAAGAUGGCCAUCCGCUCAUGGCGCUGAGCUACAGUCCGACCGGCGAUCGCGUCCUCGCGGUCACGGGCUCGGCGCAGCCCAAGGUCUUUUCCCGCGAAGGCGUCUUCGAGCUUCAGUUCACAAAGGGCGACCCGUACCUGCUGGACAUGGUCCAUACAAAGGGCCACACGGCGUCGUGCUCGGGCGGCAUGUGGCACCCGCUGCUGAAGGACACGAUGAUCACGUCUGGCUUGGACGGCGCCGUGCGCGUCUGGAAGCUGAACGGCAAGACGUCGUUCGACAAGCUUCUGAACGAUGCGGUGCUCAAGCUCAAGUCGCGCCAGGGGAAGCGCACCGAGGUGACGGCCUGCGCCUACAGCGUGGACGGCGGCUUGAUUGCGGGCGCGACGACCGACGCGCUGCUGGACGCGCACAAGCCCGGGAGCCCGGACCUGGGCAUCUCGAGCAUCCGGUUCUCGCCCGACAACAAGAUGCUCGCGACGCGGUCCGCCAGCGACGACUGCGUCAAGCUCUGGGACAUGCGCAAGCCGAGUACCCCCGUCAAGACGUAUCAAGGUAUCGAGAACGUUUUUUCGAUGGCGAAUCUCGCCUUCAACGGCGUCGGGUCGGCGCUCGUCGCCGGGUCCAGCGUGCGUGCGGGGUCGGGCGACCGCGGCCAAGUCCACUUCCUCGACGUCUACACGGCGACAACGGCGCCGCUGCGGUCGAUUCCCAUGGCCGAGGACGAGAGCGCCGUCAGCGUCGCGUGGCACGCCGGCAUCAACCAAGUGUUUGUGGGCGGGAGCUCGAGCAACGUCCGCGUGCUCUACGACCCGGCCUUGAGCUCCAAGGGCGUCCUCUUGAGCGCGACCAAGAAGCUCCCGGUCGCCACCGCCGGCUUCGUGCGCCUCGACUCGCUCAGCGAAGGGCGCGUCGUGAACCCGCACGCGCUGCCCAUGUACCGCGAGACAACGACCAAGGUCACGAAGCGCAAGUACGCCAAGGUGCGCAUGGACCCGAUCGCGUCGCAGAUCCCGGAGCGGCCGCUCACGGGCGUCGGCGUGGCCGGGCGCACGGGCGGCAACACGUUUACGCAGUACUUUAUGCGCGACCACGUCAAGUCGGCGUCGAUCCGCAGCGAGGACCCGCGCGAAGCAAUCCUCAAGUACGCGAAAGCGGCGGCCGAGAACCCGACGUUCCUCGGCUCGGCGUACGCCGACUCGCAGCCGCAGGACAAGCUCGACGCGCGCUACAAGCUCGCAAAGCAGACGUUCGAAGAGGAGAAGAUUGCAAAGGAGGAAGAGGCGCGCCGGCUCCUCGACAUUUAA